AUGCAAGCCAAAGACGGUGGUUGGGGAUGGAUGGUUGUAUGUCUCUCCUUCAUGGUCAACUUGUUGGUAGAUGGGGUGUGUUACACAUUCGGAAUUUUAUUUCCAGAAUUUAUCAGAUAUUUCGGAGAAAGCAAAGGAAAGACACAGCUCUUAAAUUCAGUAAUGCUUGGAAGCUAUUUUGUUCUCGGUCCAAUUGUAAGUGUUUUAGUGAACAAGUAUGGCUGCCGGAACGUAGCCCAACUUGGGGCAAUUACCUCCAGUGUCGGGAUAUUCCUGUCCUCCUUUUCACCAAACUUGGACGUGAUGAUAAUAUCUUACAGUUUCGUAGGAGGCAUAGGACUUGGUCUGCUGUACUUUCCAUCGAUUAUGAUAAUCAAUAUGCAUUUUGACAAACGGCUGGCAUUAGCGACGGGAAUCGCCAUUUGCGGAUCAGGAGUGGGUGGAUUUGUCUUUGCUCCUACGAUCGAAAUUCUUUUGGAAACAUACGGCUGGCGUGGAACGAUGUGGAUUGUUUCAGCAGUCAGUCUUAAUGGUGUUGUGGUCUCCGCAAUGUACCAACCACAGGGAACUAAAAAAGUAAAGGAGAACAAAUCGGAAAUCAUGAAAAUUAAUGUUAACCAUGGCAAGUUUGGUAACAAAAACGCAAAAACCACCAAGGCAUAUCUGCGAAAACUCUGUUUAUCAACCGAGGCAGUGUUUCACUUUGCAUUACUUAAAAGUCCAACUAUGCUAAUGUAUGGAGCAUCGUGCUUUUUUACCAUGUUCGGAUUUUUUGUACCAAUAAAUUUCUUGCCGACGUGGGCUAGUGUUGUCAACUUAUCACUCAUCGAGGGAACUAUUCUGAUUCAAAUAAUUGGUGCCUCUACCACUGUUACACGUGUUGUGAUUGGCUUCAUAACGGACAAACCAUGGGCUAAUAGCUUGAUAAUAUACAAUACCGUCAUGUUAACUGGUGGAGUAGCUACUUGCUUUGUGCCCUACUUCACCACAUUUGCAGCUUUAGCUAUAUACGCUUUUGUAUAUGGCAUUGUUAUGGCGGCAUUCGUCUGUCUGAGAAGUGUACUGAUGACAGAAUUAUUGGGGUCAGACCGGCAUACAAGUUCAUUUGGAUUGGUAGGACUAAGCAUGGGCCUGUCGACAUUUGUUGGAUCUCCGAUAGCAGGAGCUUUGUCUGACAUCAGUGGGAAUUACAACUUAACGUUCUACUUUGGUGGUAUCACUCUUGUACUUGGAGCCGUACUUUGUCUUCCACUCAGACGGGUUUCUGCAUGGGAAUCAAGAAGACCCAAUAACCAUGACAAGUGUGCAGCCAAUCAUAUUAGUGAAAAGGAGGAGCGUUGUCUGACAUUAGUGGAAAUAACAACAUGGCCUUCUACUUCGGAGGAAUUACUCCUGCACAAUGGGGAUUUCAGCCGCGAAGACUGGUAUCUGAAUGGGAGCACAGCAGAAGCAACAGUUUUAGCUUACCUGCAACACAUAGAUUUGAAUAGUUAG